UGACUUGACCUUUUCCGGUUGUGACGCCACCAAAGGUCCCGAGGUCCACCCGGUCUGGUCCAUUAUGGUCCACCACUAUCUCUUACUCAGUCGAUGAGCACCCCUUCCACCUUUUCUCAGCUUCUGCGCUCAUAUGCUUACACCCCCCAGACCUCUAUUUCGCUGAAGAGGAAGCGCUUGCCUGAAAAUAGUGAUUGUCUUCCAGUGACGGCUAGAAAGCCUCGAGCUUCGAAGAAUACCUCACAGAAAUCAGAGCAGCAUGUCUCUCAUUCCAAAUCAAAAUGCCCCAGGAGUGAAUCCGUAACUACAAAUCAGCAGCAGGUACCCACAGGAGAGAUUUCUAUCUACUUCACGCCCUCAGGCAAGGGUGUUCCCACCGAUGGAUGUAGGCGCAAAGGUCCUCGCAAACUACUUGAUGCGGUAGAAAUUGUUGUCAAGUCUGCACCUACAGUCCCACCGCUAUCAACGCACGAUGAAUCCCUAGAGGCACCAAAGAAGACAAAAAAUAAACGCAAGCUCGAACCUGUUAAUACUCCCCAACGCGAGCUAUCUGCGAAGGACGACGGACCAUCAGAAGUGGAGAUGAAUAUUCCAGUCACUAAGUGUUACUUGACGCCUAUGCCCGAUGAAGUUCGGUCCACACUCCAAACCCUGACGCUCCCCACCCCAUCUUCCAGACCUCGAAAACGCCGCAAGGUUGUGCCUUCUACCGCAUCACUCCACCAGUCUACCGCUUUAUCUAGUAAAUCAAAGGCUACAUCUGAGGUAGCAACGCAAAAAACGGAUGUCAUCCAUAGAAUUAGCCCAGAUCCUACCACACUGAUAACCUCGAAAUAUCUUUCCAGUGUCUCACAAUCUGACGAGUCAUGGGUGCCUUCUUUUUUUCCGUCGGAGGACCUCUUCACACACAAGAAUAUGUCCGCGUUUCCGACAUACCGUCAAGACUUGUUCAACGAUCUUAUCGGGUACAUCGCGAACGCGAAGCCAAUCUUGAUACAGGCUGCUGUUUCUGAUAAUCCCUGGCAGCUCUUGAUCGCCGUCAAACUACUGAAUGUGACUACUGGUCGAUAUGCUAUCCCAGUCUUUUGGAAGCUCAUGGACCGCUGGCCAAUCCCUCGGGAUAUGAUCAAGGCAGAUAAUGAUGAGCUCGUGAAUAUUCUGCGACCGCUCGGCCUCUACAACAAACGAGCAGCCUGGCUGAAGGAGAUGUCUCAACGAUAUAUAGAUGACCCCCCUACUGACGUGCUUCGUCCAUCUAACUGCCGCUUAGAAAUCCAUGCGAGAUUAAAAAUCACCGUACCAACUUAUGUAAAUCCAAGGAAACGCAAAAAUCAUGGAUCCCCUAAAAGGGCCCGUAAAACGACUAUACCGUAUCCGCCAACACCCGUCUCACAUUAUCCAGGCGUGGGCCGGUACGCCCUAGAUUCGUACCGAAUAUUUUGCAUGAGCGAGGAGUGGAAACAAGUCAUGCCUGAGGACAAGGAACUGAUCCGAUACCUGCGAUGGAAGUGGGCCUAUGAGGAGAGGAAGAUUUGGUAUCCUGAUGGCGUCGGCGUCGUUAAAGACGUCGACAUUCCUUAUCUGCUCAUCCUGGUGGACGAGUUGAUGGAGCAACUUGAGCCUAAUGAAUUUUGGGGUCCGACCGAUUUUAUUAGCGAUUGAGUGAGCGAUGGCGUGAUAGAGAUGAGUCGAUUUAUUGCUGUAUAAUUUGCUUAAUCUAGUGUACAGGGCACAGGUACUUAUUGUACAUUCGCGUAGUC